AUGAAGCAAGGCGAGGUUGAUGGAGAUGAUUAUAAUGCUGACAAGCAUAACGAGAAGAAGAAAGGAAAGAUGAAGCAAGACGAGGUUGAUGGAGAUGAUUAUGAUGCUAAUAACAUCAACCUUGAAAAAGAAAACAAAGAAAAAUUGGCAAAGAACUCUGAGAAUGAUAAGUCUUGGGAAUGGUUUAUGAGAAAACUAAAAGUUGUUGUUAGUGAUAAUGGCUUGGCUUUUAUUUCGGAUAGACAAGCGCCUAUAGCGAAGGCACUAGAAAACGCGUAUCCGCUAGCGAGACAUGGGGAAGGAUUAUCUGGGUUGAUUUCUAAGGCUUCGAAGGCUUAUAGAGUGGCUGAUUUCAAGAAGACGUUUGCUCAUUAUACCCAUCCUUUGGCCAUAGAUGUGGAGGAAAAGAUAGAUAGGAGAAUCGAAAAGGGGAAAACUUUUGUAGUUUAUCCUGUAAACGAUUGCCAGCUGCUUGUUAAAGGCGAUACAAUUGAAUGCUUUGUUGAUUUGGAUAAAUGGACUUGUUCUUGUGGGAAGUAUUACCUCUUGAAGAUCCCUUGUAGACACGCAAUAAAAGUUGGUUUCUUUGUUGGCAGAGAACCACAUAGAUUGACUGAUUUUCUGUAUACCACGGGAGCUUGGAGAGAAGCUUAUCAAGAAAGCAUAAAUCCCAUUGCUGUUCUUGAAGAUGGUUGA